GAAGGUUGUGUGUCAAGAAUAAAUGCGUAAAUGUUUCUUUUGUGCGUUUUGAACAAUAAUGAUUAAUACAAUAAUGUUAGUGCGAAAUUAUUAUAUGAUCUAGUCGUUAAAAAUAUCAGCGCGGUCAAAAAUCAUUAUAAUGUACGUUAAAUAUUUACAAAUCGUUUGAUUAUCGAGAGAAAAAAUUUAUUUCAAUCAUGAGUGCUAAACACAGUCCGAGAAAAAUAACAUUAUCCAUGAUAAAAGGUAAACCUAUUACAACUUCGGUUCCUGUAAUUCAUUACCAUGCUAAUGAUGAUGAAUUGGAAGAAAUGUAUCCGAGCACGGAUGAAGAAAAGCUGUCAACACCCGAAUGUGAGAAAAACCCAUCCAAAGCAACUUUUACCACAUCAAAAUGCAUCCAUGAAUCGAAUAUUACCGAAAAUAUUUCGGAUAUCAAGUCCAUUAGUACGGAGAAUGUUUUAUUAGAAGGUACACCACCGUCACUGGAUCCAUGGAAAGUAUUAUCUGAAAUUAAAGGAAAAAUAACUAAAACGUUUGAGGGAAAAUUAUCUGAAAUAAUAAGUGACAAGAAAAAACGAUAUCCUAAGGUAGAAAGUUUGAGUACCAGUGAUUUAGAAAAUCAGGGAUGUACUAUACCUUGUGAUGAAAAGGUAGAUGAUAUUCGUCAAAGAGGCAAUCCUGUUAGAUAUGUAGGAUUCUCUGGAAUAAAAACUGGUUUAAAAGAUAAAAGUUUACAAGAUGAAUGCGUAGAAAAAGGCAUUGAAGCUUCUGAAUUUCCUCAAAUUGUUAGUGAAGAUAUUCCUUGUUCUUUAAAGGACGAUUCGUCAAAUUUAAAGACAGCUAAUAACAGUAGUUAUACGAUGUUUUCUCAACAGGCUUAUGCACACCCAGUAGCAUGUACGAAGGAAAUAAAUUUUAAAACUGUGUUUUCACAAUUGAUAAAAGAAUUGAUUUACCAAACAACAUAUAAAUCUGUUGCUGCUCUCAUUACCAUUUCAUGCAUUUAUUACAUGAUUCCAUUAGCAGAUUGUUUACAGGGAUUUAUGAUAGGUAUCUUUGUGACUGUUACUUUUUAUGAUAUAGUAACAAAACUUAAAACAAUUUUAACCACUUUGCCAGAUGAAAGAUUCCCUUCCAGCUUAUCGAUACCAAUUUUAGAGAUUCCAGCUGUAGAGGAGUACGUUGCAGUAGAAAGAUAUCAAGGUUGGUUAAAUGAACUGCCCUAUACUUAUGAACCUACUAAUUACCAUGUGGCACGCACAAAGUCAGUUUUCUUUAGAUUGGAGGGAACUAUUUUGUGUAUUAUGGAAACGAGAAUGAAGAUACCAAAGAAAGCGGUUUGGGAUGAACCUAGACAAAAAUUAAAGUUUAUUAAAAGAAGAGUUUAUAAUUUAACUGGGGCAAAGAUAGAACUUCUUCCUUAUGGACUUGCUAGAAGGAGAAGGUGGAGUAAAAAAUAUCCAAUUUGUAUAGUCCUUGAUGAAAAAGCUUUAAUUCGUAAUGUAAUUCUGAAGGGUACAACUCCAAGAGAAAGAGUUAAGUGUAAAUCCAGCAAGAAAUAUGUAAGAAAAUGGAAUAAAGAAAAACAAAACGAGAAUAAAUUGUUUAUUAAUACAGAGAAUGAAGAAUUGAUUGCAAGACAGAAGGCCUAUGAGCUUGAAGAAGUGGAAGAUACAGAUAAAAAUGACAAUGACAAUAAAAAUUAUAAUUACGAUCCGACUAACGAUUACAUGGACAACGAAUGUGUGAUGUACAAGGAAUGUUUUGUAGAAAAUGAAGAAAUAGAAGAGUGUAUGGAAGGGAAAGAAAAGAGGAAGGAAGGAAACAGCUAUAUAGGGCAACAAAAAGAAAAUGAUAGAGUAAGACGAGACGUAAGAAAAGAUUCUGUUUGUAUUAACGAAGAAAGAAAGAAACGAAGGGACGUAGUAAGCAACAUGAAAAUUUGUAAGAAAUCGAUGGUCAAAAAUUGGAGUAAAAAGAAAAGAUUACAAGAAGAGAAAAAAGAGGAGGAAGAGGAAGGGGAAAAAGAAGAGGAAGAGGAAGAAGAAGAGGAGAAAGAAGAAAGAGAAGAAGACGAAGUGGAAGAGGAAGGAGGAGGAGAAGAAGAAGAAGAAGAGGAAGAGGAGGAAGAAGAAGAAGAAGAAGAAGAAGAAGGAGAAGAUGAUGAUGAUGAUGAUGAUGAUGAUGAUGAUGAUGAUGAUGAUGAUGAUGAUGAUGAUGAUGAUGAUGAUGAUGAUGAUGAAGAAGAAGAAGAAGACGAUGAUGAAGAAGAAGAAGAGGAUGAAGUGGAAGGAGAGUUAGUACAGGUGAUAUUUCGGAAUGAUGAUGAGAACAAGAAAAAUUACAGUAUCGAAUUACAGAAAGAAAAAAAGAAAAAAGGAAGUAAAGUGAAAAAAGGGAAAGAAGAGGAGGAAAGGGAUGAGUCACAAUUACUGGAGCAAGGGAAUGAAAAGGGAAAAACAGAUGAAGUAUCCCAGUUUAAAAAUGCUUUUAAAAAGUACCUCAAUAACGUCAAGGGGAAAAACGAAUUAAAAAUAUAUAUCUUUGCCAGAACUGAUCGCGAAAAAGAAGAUUGGUACAGGCGUUUAGUUUCAGCUUCAUCUCGGUUCGUUAAGAAGCAAGAUUCAUUAUCAUCUGUAAUUAAUGUUUCAUCUAGUACAUCUAAUACACAGUCUAAAAUUGUAACUGCAGAAUCAAAAAGCUGUUUUUCAGCCAGUAAUUCACACGAAACUGUACCAGAACUUAAUUAUAACGCUUAUAUGGCAAAGUACUUGGACAGUAGUUGUUCGCCUGUGUUAGAAAAUUCAUUUUCUACUUCUGCUGAAAGCACAUGUUGGAUCAAUUGUUUAAUUGCUCGUAUACUCUUCGAUGUACAUAAGUGUCCGGAAACUAUACAUCUUAUACAAGAUAAAAUACAACGCAAGUUAUCGAAUAUAAAAUUACCAUAUUUUAUGGAAUGUCUUUUAGUUUCAGAGGUAAUAAUAGGACAAGGAGCUCCUAUAAUUCACAACGUAACAAAACCAGUAAUUAAUGAAAGAGGUCUCUGGCUGAAUUUCGAUAUAACGUACAAAGGAUGCUUAACUAUGACCGUCGAAACAAAAUUGAAUUUGAUGAAAUUAACAAGAACCGGUUCUGUUUCUGACGAUACGCGCCUAAUUAUUUCAACAGAAAAACAACAUGAAUCAUUAAUCAGAUCGGCAAUUUUUGAUAGCGAUGUGGAAGAUACGCCGGAAACGUCAACAGAAGACGAUUAUGAUACUUCUAAAACGCAGUCACACAAUGCAGCCAAAGAAACAACUUCUUCGCAAUUCGCUGGAAAAAAGUUUCUUAAUAUGGUAGAUAGAAUAACCGCGAAUAAAUACUUCCAACAUGCAACGGAACUGUCCUGUGUUCGGAGGGCUAUGGAAGGUGUCUCAAAUACAGAGAUUCGGUUGAUGGUUACUGUCUCAAGUAUUGAAGGUUGUUUAUCGGUAAACAUUCCACCGGCACCGUCCGAUCGUUUGUGGUAUGGUUUUAAACCAGUACCAAAAGUGAACCUCACUGUAAAACCUGCGGUGGGUGAAAGAACCGUCAAUAUCGUUUACAUAACAAAAUGGAUAGAAGCUAAAUUACUCAGGGAAUUUGAAAAAUUAGUUGUCUUACCAAAUAUGGAUGAUUUCAUAUUACCGCUGUGUCCUAAUUACCCUUAUAUGACGAUACGGUAGUCUCAUCAGAAAUGAAAGGUAUCGAUUUGUCUUAUUGUAUUGUAUGUACAUAAUACAUCAAUAUAUAAAGUACCACGUAUAGCUGUUUUUAAAUUCGCAAUCGCAAUAUGGAUUUAAUUAGUAAAUGGCAGGUAUAUUAAUGUUACAAAGUUUUAUCCGAGCUAUGUUUCAAGUAUGUACAUUCUGCGAUAGUACCGGGAUCAUAAUCCUUUCGUAUGUGCAUUCUAGCUUUUAAAUAAAUUUCAUGACAAGAAGUCAAAGUGAAAAAUUGAGAAAAGUCUUAGAAAUGAUCGUAAUUUUGAAAGUAGUGAAUGCAGAUUAAGAACAAAUCCAACGCAAAUGGAAGAUUAAGAACAAAUUAAUAAUAUUUAAUGUU